UUUCUUCUUUAUUUUACAGAGAGAAACCAACCCCAAAGAGACAAAGCCACGAUCCGCCAUAGCUGUUAGAGAUCCCCACCCAAAGCAAGAAAAAAGCAAGAAGAAGCACAAACAAAAAUCAUGCCUCCAGGUUCUAAAAAAAGGAAAGCAGCCAAGAAAAAGCAAGAAGAAGAAGCAUCUUCUACUCUAAUCAAUCUCAAAUCCACCAACCAUGAUUCGAGAAGCCAAGUGGAAAGGGAGAGCAAUGAUGAUGGUGUUAGCUCUCAGGAAAGCUACAAGAAAUCAGGAUCCACAGAGGAAGAUGCUAUUAGAAUCGAAAAGGAUACUGAUGAGCGCAUAGAGAUCACUGAUUCAAGCCAUGAUCAUGACAAGAGCUCUAGUAGCAGCAGUAGUAGCAGCAGCAGCAGUAGCUCGGAUGAUGAGUCCAGGGAAGUCAAGAAGAUAGAUGAUGAAAAGGAGACUGCUGAUUCUGUUCCUGAAGUUAUUACUGUGAGUUCUGUGCCUAUUCAACCUGUGCCGAUCGCUGGAGAUGCUCCGUUUAUGGGGUGUACUGCUAACGCGAUUGUAGAGAAUACCGGUUUGCUGGAUUCAGCUAAUCCUAGUGAUCCCAACUCUGGAGAACUGGUUGAAAUCUCCCAUGUUGAUUCAAUACCUUCAAACAAGACUGACGAAGAACCUUUGCCUAAACCAACUGAGAUUGCUGCUGAAGUUUCUCUUGCAUCUGAUGAGAGUAGGCAGGCAUCUUCUGGUGAAACCCACUCUGAUGUGAAAGAAAGCGAGGUAAAAACAUCGCCUCUUCCAGAAUCCAACGGUGUUCCUGAAGGCAGCAGAGAGUCUGAAGUUGUCAUAUCUCACGAGGAAGAUGUCUUUAUUGUUAUCCCUUUGGCUUUAUCCUUUUUCUUUUUUGGCUUAUGUUGGACUAAAAUCAGUUUUCUCUCAGGCUCCCGUGCGACCAACACAUGGAAUUGCGCAAAGAACCUCAUGGUUAAGUUGCUGUGGCUUGUUUGAUGUGGUCACUGGAUCCAGUAGAUAAACUCAGAAACAGUGUGCUGCCUUAUAAACUCGGAAGCUGCAGAAGUGUUAUCACGGCUAAGGAUUCUCAGUUUCCUCUCUCGAUUAUCUGGGAAAAUUUCAGUAACUUGAUGAAUGAAUGUCUAUCAAAUCACAAAUUUUCGCACAUGAAAGAGUACUCGCCUCUAAUAGUCUUCAUAUCAGACAUCCCUACUACAGUAUCCACUCUUUAUAGAAGUUUUUACAGGUUCUUUUGUAGUUUUUCAUUGUUUGUCUUUCGAUAUGUAUGAUUCCUUGUCUGUUAUUGUCUUUGUUCUCUCAGGGUAUGAGACUUUGAGACUCUUUACUUUUUCAUUUUACUUAUAAUAAUGAGUUCUUGAAUUUCAACUGAA